AUGAGUGUGAACCAGCGGGACUUUGUACCGAGGUCUGGGGCUGAAGGGGAUGCGGCGAGGUACAACAAAGAGUCAUUCCAAACGUGCUCACUGCCCAGACUCCUUCCCAGUCAACGCCCCUUGCCAACUAAGUCAUAUGUGUACAAACCCCAAGAGGACAAGCUGAAUCCUUACAGACGCUCCGAAGCCUCCAAGCUGAAGUUGCCACCAAUCAGGGACACCGCCAGAUUGAGGCAGCAGUCUACAAACAACAUUAAGGAGCUAAAGAAUCAGAAUUAUGUGCUGCAACAGCAACUGCAAGAUUCCAAGACGGAGAAUAAACUGUUGAAGAACGUUCUGCAUCGCCACACGGUGGCGCUGCAGCAAUUUCAAGAGUUGGAAGGGAGCAUUUCUCAGAUACAAGACCAGCACAGAAACGAAGUGAAAGCUUUGCGGAGGUUGCUCUCUGAGACGCGCUCGAGCCGCGAUAAGCUGGCAAGGAAGCUGCAAAGCACAGAGAGAGAGUUGUUGGACUGCAAAGACAGGAUCAAUCACCUUCAGUGGAGGGUCAACAAGAAUCCCAACCUGCUGGAGAAGGAGGAACUUACCCGCAGGCUCACUGAGUUCACUAUACAUCUGGAAGAGAAGGAGAGGAGGAUACAGUUCUUGGAGAAGAGUAACAUGUUGCUUCAAGGCUCACUCAAUCGCCAAGUAGCAACAGAAUACAAAAAGAUGUUCAGAACCAAUGUGAUGUCUCUCGGUCUACAAACUGCAGUUUGUGAAUUAUCCAAGAAAACACAAGUAAGUUGA